AUGGCUCCCUCCGCAACAAUAGACACUUUGACCAGCGCUUUAGUUGCUCGUUUCCUACGCAAUUAUGGAUUUUCUGAAACGCUAGAGGCUUUUAUCGGCGAGGCUGGCCUUGCAUCUGAUGUGGGACAGGGCCCAGACGGUAUCAAUGACUGGACCAUCCAAAGCUUGCUCGAGGAAAAGAAGACCUAUGAUCAGACUGCAAACUUUGAGCGAUACGGUCAAGACAAGGAACAGUCUGGCCUAUGGAGUGAACCAGCGCCAUCAAAGCCUGUCGUUCUAGACACAAAAACAUCGGCAAACCCGCUUGCGGUAUCUGUACAGCAAUGGCAAAACCCUCGUGGUGGUGAUGAUGAGGAUGAUGUAGGGCAAUCCUACAUCGUCUCCACUGGAUCGGACAAACAAGUCCAUUUACUCAAUACAGAAAAGGGAAACACACUCAUCAGCUCCUUACCAAGUGUAUCUGAUUCACCCGUGCUAUCAUUUGUGUCCAUCCUUCAAGGACGGUACAUUCUCAUGACCAAUAUGUCCGGAAAGCUGCUUCUCCAGCACGGACCCCGGACAUUGGACAGCAGGAAGGAUCAUGCAAAGUAUGCCGUCAAGGUGGUCACUUACCAAGAUAAGACUGAUCCGUCCAAGUGGUGGGUUGCCACUGCAGGCUGGGAUGCCACAGUUCUUCUAUAUUGUCUCAACAUCCAGGAGAGUAAUGCCUCUUCCCUGAAGAUUGGCAACCCUGUUGCACGCAUCAAGCUCGUUUCCAACCCGGAAUCAAUUCUGUUCGUGUCGCAUGUGGAUACCAACGAGCUUCUACUCUUGGUCUCGCGCAGGGAUUCUACUUCCAUCCAUUACUACGAAGUUGAAGCAGCUGAUGCCCCGGCUGAUGAGGCUCCCCGAGAAGCUCGACUCCUUGGACAACAAAACCUAGCUCCCCAUUCUAAUACAUGGGUUGCGUUCUCACCUGCCCAUAUGGCCCUCAGCCCGAAUGAUCCUGGUCUACUGGCUGUGGCUACGUCGACAAUGCCUCAUAUGAAGGUCAUGAUCGUGCGAUUGCUGUUCCCAAGUGCGAAAAUAGAGACAGACAGCUCGACUACAGUUGAUCAAAUUACCCAAGCGUCUCAAGCAAUGGCAAGCCUGGCGAUUCAAAAUCGCGAAGACGCCGCCAUUCUUGUGCAGGCGAAUACAUUCGCAUCACAGACUGCUUACUCUACGCCACAACUGGCAUGGCGACCCGAUGGAUCUGGAGUGUGGGUCAAUGGCGAAGAUGGCGUGGUGAGGGGUGUGGAAACCAAGACUGGAAAGGUUGUUGCUUUGCUGAAGGGUGGCCACGAACCAGGCUGCAAGAUACGAACUGUCUGGUCCGGAUAUGUCGAUGUCCUCCAAGAAGGAGGUAACUCAGUGCGUGAAGAGUGGGUUAUCAGUGGCGCAUUUGAUAAACGGGUGGUUGUUUGGAAGGUAUAG